AUAGAAACGGAGCACAGUGAAACAGAAAUGUCUUUCACAUCAGAUUGUCUAUUGAUGUCCUCCGUUUGUUUCAUUUCUUAUUCGUGCUAUUGCUUUUGAAAUAAAAAUAAAAGACGUAGUAGUGCCGAAAUUUGUCACAGUGGACCUUUCAAUCUUGUUGAUAUCGUCUUAUUGUUAGGGUGACAGUCCAUCGCAUUCUUAUCAUUCUUCUUCGUGGCGAAAUCUUUGAAUGAGAUUAGUCGGAUGAUAGAACUUUGACAAUAGCGUAUAACUCUCGAAUAGAAAGUGUAUCGAUUUUCCCCGAUUAAUCCGUAGAGUAAUCAAAUAGAUAGGAGGAAAUCUGUGACUGUGAGAUGUGUUGUGAAGUGGGAAUAAUAUCUACUCCAGAUUACUCUCAAAUCUUUGAGCGAUCACUUCAUCUUGCAGAGCAGUUUAGACACAUUUUUUUUUACUAAUUCCAUAAGCAUCAAAUACAGAACAAUUUUGGAUUUCGUGCUGGUAGCCAUCUUCUUGCAUACCUGCUGAUAAAACAGAUCAACCUAUAAAAAAAAUAACAAACAAACAAACAUUUGAAUGUGCUAUUGUCAGCCUUCUACGAGGGAAUGCCUGCUUCACCAUGUGUACAAGAAAUUGGAUUUAGUCGAAAGAUGAAAUGAACUAUUUGACUUUUGUUCCGGACAUAUGUACACCAGCGAAACAGUGCUACUUGUGGAAACGUUUUUAUCCAGCUACACUAUCAGUGGUAGAAAACAUCGAAGGGAUUCGUUUUGAUGGAGGGUCGUGAAAGUGACUACUACGACAACCGACAUUACCAGUCAGUCAUCAGGUCCGAGACAACCUACUUGAUAAUCAGUUUUGCCUAAACAACGUGUCCUAUCCAUCUUUAAGCUCUUUUAUAGUAACAGUAUCAAGCUAGUUGAACAUUGAAGGAAUUAUCCGAUGAAAAGAACGGGAAUACUUAAUAUCUUGAUAAUGGACUAGUGCAUUGCAACAUCGCUCCACGUAGCGUUUUACUUGACAACUUACACUAUCCAUCAUAGAUGUUGAGGAACAGAUCAAUGUGUAUGAUGUUUUCAGUGAUGAUGCGUGCACCAGUGUAUCCUGUAGUCGCCAUUUAGAGCCAUAAGAGCCUACAAGCGGUACCAAUUUUGUGACCCUGAUGACAAGCGAUGACAUAGAGGAAGGUGAUGAAACAAAAAUGUCCGCAGCACCAAAAACACAGCGUAAGGUCCAGCAGAACAAAUGUAUUUCCAAACUCUUCUCAAGCAUGACAAAGGUCCACGAAGUCAACCGUCAGCACGAUCACGAGCUCAGCGUCAGGGUCGAAGAGCUGCGUCAGAAGGAACACAUGGAGAACGUCAGGCGUUACUCCGACAUCAGGCAUCUCCAGCGCACCCUGUCCGAGAUGCGCAUGGAAAAGAACCGGUUGACGCACACGUUCACGCCAGAGGAAAUCUACAAUGACGAGGUUGCGCCAGUCAUGUCCUGGCGCAAGAUCCAAUUGAAACGAUUCCAAAACCAGCCCCGUAAACAGCGGAGGAAAUCGGACGCUACCCAGGCGCCGUUGGCCGUGGCCGAGAACGCCGAAUUCACAGCAAAGAAUAAGUUCAGGUCGGCGAUAAUGGCAGUGUGUCUGUCCAAGGCCCUUUCCCACAUACCUGAAAACAAGAGCGAAAGCACAGCAAAUGAAUCGAAGCAAAGUGAGAAGGAAAAGACUGACUCUAUCAACAAUUUGCGGGAACGUCUUAAGCAAGUUAAAGACACGAAGGUAGUAACGAAGCAAACUCCAGACAAAGGGCACAAUGUUGGUGAUACCAAAAGUGAGACGGAGGAACAUAAACAAUCAAGACCCGAAACGUCCGAAACAGAAAGAUUAUCUCGGGUGCUUGAUAUCCUGAGAAACAGUUCAAGAGACAAGAGCAGAUCAUCAUGGACGAGAUCACUAGAUAAGAAAGUCAACGCUGUUCCAACGUUCGGCCAACUUCACCCAGUGCGUCGGUCGUCAUUGGUCCGCCGACCUGGCGACCCGCCGCGACGGCGACCUUCGACCUCAGACAUGAACUUUGACUCGUCACACUUUGUUAUGGACAAAGAUGGAACCAUUCGCAGAAUUUCGAGGCCCACUGUCAAGGACAACACCAAUACAGAAGAAAGUCGAGGGUCAAGGGUACAAAGUUCUUCUUAUCUUAGUACAUGUAGUAGGAAGGCAACACCUACCAGCUGUAAGGUAUACGCCGCAGAACCGUCGCGGCGUUGGAACGUCUCGAAUGACGCUUCGGCGAGUAAAAGCGGAUCGGCGCCGUCGUUCCUGGUGAAGAAAAGAUGCGAGUUGUUAAAAAGAGACAAAGAAAUGAUGGAUAGACUUCGUAGCUUUCUUGAUUCGACAUUGCCAUGAGAAACUGGAAAAACUAAAUAUCAUUCUGUUAGAUCAUAACCAUGACAAUCUGUGAUGCCUGUGCGCACGAGGCGUUAUUUGCUGACGUAAUCCUGCGUCAGCGUCUCGCGUGCUCUGACGCGCAUCGUGACAGUGAAAUCGUACAGAAACUGAAUGCAAAAUGCAGAGUUCAAAUUACUAGACCAUGCACGAAUUUGUGACUUCGGCAACUUAUUUUCAUUUAUCAUUGUUUGAAUGUGUAUUUCAAGCUUCAUGGUGUCUUUUUAAUGAUGUAUAAUACGGAUUCCAGUUUCUGUAAAUGGUAUUUAUGAAAAAUACACGAGACUGAAAUAACAUCUUACAUCUCCUUAGUAGUCAAUACAUGUUGUAUUUAGUUUGAAACAAUCCUCUUUGGAUGUGUGAGGUUGUCAAUGACUCGUCACUGGAACGUUUAAACCAUUAAAUCGCUUUCACUAUCCAAUAAUCAUGGUUCCUUUUCAGAAGUUUCUGUACGUAGAUAUAGACAUUAAAAUACAUCAAAUACCGAUUUUGUUAAGAAGAAAGAAAUAUACCUGAUCAUCCUGAAGGUGUAAUAGCAAUGGCAAUUUUGUUUGGCAUCUUUUUUUUUAUCUUAACAAAAGUAAAUGUAUUCUCACAGAGAAUUAACAGAGAAGAUGAUACAGGCUCGCAUCCUAUAACAAAAUUGAAAGAUCGGAAAUUGCUUUUGAAGGACGCACUCGGAUUAGUCGAAAUUUUCAUUUCCUUGGUAAUCAAUAUUUAGUUUGAAAUACUCUUUUGUGGAUGUGUGAGGUUGUCAAUGACUCGUCACUGGAACGUUUAGUCUGUUUAAUCACUUUCACUAUUUAAUAAUCAUGGUUCCUUUUCAGAAGUUUCUGUACGUAGAUAUAGACAUUAAAUUACAUCAAAUACCGAUUUUGUUAAGAAGAAAGAAAUAUACCUGAUCAUCCUCAAGGUGUAAUAGCAAUGGCAA